AUGACCAAGUUCAUUCGCAAGUUGUGUGGAAGAUUCCUGCAAGUUCAGGCACUGCAGAGCAGAGCGGUGGAGGACAUCAAUUCCACAGAUCCAUCCAACCAACUGUCUGGACAAAAACUGAAUGUGGGUUUUACAACCAGGGCAACCCUCAACCGGCUCCUAUACGCUGGAGAUGUCACUCCACAGCAGGUGGAAAGAUUCCACCAGGCUGUCUUGGCAUUUUUGACAGGUGCAGUUGAAUAUGCCAUGGCAAAACUGCCCCUUAAAGAGAGUCUCCUGAAACACGCCAGGUUUGUGGAUGUGCAGCAGAGGGCAGACUGUGAAGUCAAUGAUGCUGCAUACUUUGUGGAUCAAUUCACCAAACUGCUUCCAUAUCAUGAACCCCAAGACCAAGACCAACUUGCAGAGGAGUUUCAGGACUACCAGUUAAUGGAGGUCCCAAUGCCCGAACACCAAACAGAAUUUGACCUUGAGGCUUUCUGGGAAUGCAUGAGUUCACUUAAGAAUAGGGUGACUGGAAUGAGCAGAUUUCCCAGGCUGUCUGCAAUUGCCAAAUUAGUUUUAAUUCUCCCCCACUCCAAUGCAGAUGCUGAGAGGGUUUUUUUUCCAUGCUGGGCUUGA